CAGACAGCAUUAGUACAAGAAAAGAACAUAGUCUAGACUGAAGUACCAACUAAAUCAUUUUCUGCCACUUCAAAAUAUCAACCACACUAUUAUGGAUUCAAGCGCUGCACACAGUCCCGUGUUUCUUGUAUUUCCUCCAGAGAUUGCUGCUCCCGAGUCUGAGUCAACAAACCUUUCAGCUGUGACCUAUGGGAAUCAAAGCCCCCUGCAAAAAUUAUUUGCUUCAAAAAUGAAAAUCUUAGGGACUACCCAGAUCCUGUUUGGAAUUAUGACCUUUUCUUUUGGAGUCGUUUUCCUGUUCACUUUGGCAAAACCAUAUCCAAGGUUCCCCUUUAUAUUUCUUUCAGGAUAUCCAUUCUGGGGCUCUGUUUUGUUCAUUAAUUCUGGAGCCUUCAUAAUUAUGCUGAAAAGAAAAACCACAGAAACUCUGAUAAUGAUGAGCAGAAUAAUGAAUUUCCUUAGUGCCCUGGGAGCAAUAGCUGGAAUCAUUCUCCUCACAUUUGGCUUCCUUCUAGAUCAAAACUACAUUUGUGGCUACUCUCCAGAAAAUAGUCAGUGUGAUGCUAUUGCCGUCCUAUUCGUGGGAAUUUUGAUUAUGCUGAUGACCUUCAGCAUUUUUGAAUUACUCAUUUCAUUGCCUUUCUCAAUUUUGGGGUGCCACUGAGAAGAUUGUGAGGACUGGUGUUGAAUAGCACUAUGAGAAUAAAGAUGCAUUAUAAUAU